GACUUUUGUUUGUUUGUUUGACAGACCACCAGGUAGAAAUAUUUUAUGUAGGUGUUGUGAAUAUGAAUGAUGUGAAUAGGUACUGUGAUUAAAUCCAAGAAAAUAGGACUUUGAAUUGGUGCUCAUGCUAAUAAAUAUUUUGUAGACGGAAAAUAUGUGUGUAGGUGACACAUAAACAACACAUAAAGGACAAAUAUAGUCUUGUGCAUAAGUAAUAUCAGAUUCUGACAUUGCUUACGACUACACAACAUAAAAUCAAUGCACCAUUAUUAUGGUUUUGAGUAAUUCCUAAAAUUUUCAAUGGAGAGUUCAUCAAGACUAGCUGCAGUAGCAGCAGCAAAAAUGCUUGAUAUUGCGAGCUGUUGUCGAGUUUGCAUGAAACAAGAUUGCAAUUUGCUAUCAUUGUUUGAUCACCUGUUUGUGGACCAGCAGGUUGUUCUCUUGGCUGAAGUACUGAUGAAUUGUACAGGCAUAAAGGUCUCCCAAGAGGAUGGGCUGCCACAACUUAUUUGUGGAGACUGUGCUAAAACUUUAGAAACUAUGUGUGCAUUUAGAUUCAGGGCUUUAAUUUCUGAAUCUGAAUUCAGGAAGCUUGUUAAGUCCACACCUAAAAAUGAAGGUAUAAAAUCUGAAAUGAAACAAGAAGAUGAUGAUUUAGGCCAUAUGGACUUACUUUUAGAAGACUUGUCGGAGUACACUCCUGUAGAUUUACCGAAACAAGAAUGUGAAUCUCAAAGUUUUGAUAACUCUGAUUCUCAAGCUGAAAGUUAUAACUGUGAUCAAUGUUCUAAAAAGUAUGCAACAAAGAAUAAGUUUCUCAAGCAUGUAAAAUCACAUGAGAACCCUAUGUACUGUGACAUUUGUAAAAAAGUUUUUUAUAGUAAAAGAAAUCUGAAUAAACAUAUGAAGAAGCACAGUCCUCAAUUAUUUAAAUGUAAUUUUUGUCAUGAACAGUUUUCUUCGGAGGCUUUUUUGUUUGAGCAUAUAGUGCAUCAUACAGAUAAGGCUAAUGUAAAAUGUCCCAAAUGUGAUAUAAUAUUCAGUACAAAACGUAUCUUUGCGGCACAUUUGAGAAAAAAACAUGAAGCAAUUGAAAAAGUAUCAAAGGGUGCUAAAUGUGCUGUGUGUCAAAAAUAUUUUACCUCAAAAUAUCGUCUGAAAAAACACAUGACAGUCCACAGUGAAGAGCAACAUCACAUGUGUGAGAAACAUUCAGAUGAUUGUAGUCAGGGAAACCAACUCUUACAAAAUUUUAACUGGAAUGAAGGCAUUAAGAAUGAAUAUGACAUAUAUUUGAAUGUUGAUGAUCACAAAGUCCAAGAUAAUUUAUCAAAGAAGAUAAAAUGUGAUAUUUGUACAAAAGAAUUUUCUACACAAUCUCAUUUUAAAAGACAUAUGAAGAUGCACAGUGAUGAGAAGCAGAGUUAUGGGAGAGAAAAUCAACAGCAGAAUAUGAACAACUGUGAUGACAUCAAGGAUGAAUGUGAAGUGCAUGAUACAUGUGAUGAUGUAUCAAAAAAGAUAAAGUGUGAUAUUUGUGCUAAGGAAUUUGUUACCAAAUCACUUCUAAACAGACACAUGAAGUUACACAGUGAAGAGCGUCCAUAUGAAUGUACGAAGUGUUCAAAGAGCUACAGCAGACAAGAUCAGCUGUUGCAGCAUAUGAAGUGGCAUGAUGGGAUCAAGCCCUAUAUUUGUAGUUAUUGUAGUAAAGCAUUCAAUCAACUGUGCAGCCUGAAAGACCACAUCAGGACGCACACGGGCGAGACACCAUACCUGUGUUCAGAGUGCGGCAAGAGCUUCACCAACAGCUCCAACCUCCGCCAGCAUCUCAUGCGGCACAGCGGCCUCAAGCCUUUCACUUGCAAUCUGUGUCCAAAGUCCUUCACUACCAAAGGUCAAAUGACAGCCCACAUGACGACGCACACCGGAGCCCAUCCGUACAAGUGUGAGGAGUGUGGCAGUUCCUUCACGAAGGCAAACUCGCUGAAGAAACACAAACUCAUCCAUUUGGGGGUCAAGCCUUUCGCCUGCGAGACUUGUAAUAUGCGCUUCUCAUGCAAGGAACACCUGAAGCGGCACAACAGGAUACACACGGGAGAGAAGCCAUACAAAUGCAAGUUCUGCGAGCGCGCCUUCACCCAGAGCAACGACCUCGCCAAACAUAUCCGCACUCACGUCGGACAGAACAUAUACCAAUGUACAGUGUGCAAUAUGCGAUUCAGACUCAUAAGCGAACUGAAGCAACAUUACCCGACGCACUACGUCAACGGAGACGAGAUUCCCAAAAUUCCCAUCAGCAAAGGGGUCGAGGCUCCCGUACUAAUGCUCAAACCUGAACCCCCGCCUCUUAUAGAGAUACCUGGACUCAAACACAAUAUGGACCCCAGGAUCACUAUCACUAUAAACAGUGACGGUUUGGACAAGAAUGGCUUGGCCGGUGAUAUUACAAUUAAUUUAUCACCUGAGAAAAGUUAGUGAAUCUUACCCCUAGACGACCUAUUAUGUAGUGCAAUAUGAAUGAACAAAAAGGUUAUCUGGCCUGGUUAAAGAGUCGCUACUGCUGUAACAGUUUGACAAGAAAACGAAACUUUCCAAUUUGGCAUCUUUGUCAUUAAUUCAUAUUGCGAAUUAUAAUUGACUGUUUAUAGGCCGCUUUAUAUAACUUGUUAUGUUUAUUAUUCGCAAAUUAAAUUUAUUUAAUUUUUGUGUAUACUAAAGUCUGAUUAUGAACCUCCUGAUUAUAUUUAGAAUGAUUUCGAUCCAAGAUUAUAAAUGAACUUUGUGUUAUAGUUAUAUGUACAACAUAUACGUAUUUACUAUGUCCAACUGAACAUGUCUAAAAUCUUUCAUGAGUUGUUUUGCCACAAAUUUUGCCGUUCUUUAUUUUAUUGAUUCCGAAUAACAAAUAUAGCUGAAAGGUUCAUAAUUAGUAAUUUUAAAAACAAUACUUACCUAUAGUAUUUGAUCACAAAUGAAAAAAAAAA